CUAACAGGGAAAAGAGACUGAAGCUUAGUUUUGUAAACGCAUAUGAAUAGCGUUCCACCCAAUUUCGGGGGAGUAGUUUCAAACUGGAUUGAGUGUCAACGACAAGAUAUAGUAGAACAAUGUUAGACGCGUUCGUUGGCUAUGUUCUCAAUAUAUGCUCAGCGCUUGUGGUUUUGGUGGUGGUUCCAUUUCUCUAUAAAGAGUUAACCAUGGGCAUUUGUCGCUAAAAGAAGAGACUGGACGGGAAGGUGAUCAUCAUUACCGGUGGAAAUGCGGGUAUAGGCCUGGAAACCGCCAAAGAUCUUGCCAACAGAGGUGCUGAAAUCGUGAUUGCAUCCCGAAAUAUAUCCAAGACCAAUCAAGUAGUUGCAAUGAUCAAGAGUGAGACGUCAAACGAGAAAAUUCACGCCAGAGCAUUGGAUUUAUCCCUGCAAAAAGAUGUGAAGCGGUUUGCUCGAGAGAUGUUGGAACAGUUUCCCAAGAUCCAUUACCUCAUCAAUAAUGCAGGUGUAGCCGGGGAUAUGACGGAACGAAUCUUUCCCAAUCCUGCUGUGAAACAUGAACGGGAGAUGACCAAAGAAGGCUUCGAAUUGAGAAUGGCAACUAAUUUCCUUGGCCCCACCACGCUCACCGAGCUGCUAUUGGAGCGAAUCAAGGAAUCCGGCUCGCCCGAUGAGGUCUCCAGAAUCAUUCAUGUGUCGAGUAUGGGCAAUAUGUACUCAAAAAUCAAUCCCAACGACAUGGAUCUCAUGGCAGCCCGCCAACCUCGUUUUGACGUUAGCCUUCAGUAUUGCAAUUCCAAAGUGAUGCAACUCCAUUACAAUUGCCAUUUGGCCCGACAAUUAAAAGACUCCAACACUGAGAGCGUAGCCCUUCAUCCAGGAGCCGUGAGGACAAACAUAUUUCGGGACGUCUCUUCGCUCGGAAGGCUCCUACUGAUUGAUCCGAUGUUGUGGCUUUUGGGCAAGAAUUCACGGCAAGGAGCACAAACUUCUAUUUUUUGUGUGGUCUCGGAUGAUCAAUUGAAUGGGAAAUACUUGAUGGAUUGCCGGCCGGCCUGGUUUGUCCAUCCCUCCGUUGGCGAAGAGCAUCACGAGACCAAGAUGAUCAACCAAGUGAAACGAUUACUUAAUUUGAAUGCUGCCUCCUAGAGUAUCUCGCAUCUGGACUUUACGUCAAUGGAAAGAGUUAGAAAUCUGUCUUUGUGCAUGUACGAAAUAAAAGGUGGAUCUUCUGUU